CAGAGCCAAGUCUCGUACACUCACAUGUACGCCCACAGUGCGCGUGUCUGACUUUAAAGCGUUAAGAAAAGUUACUCUGACACAUUUAUUGCGUUUUGACAAAUCGCAUAUUGUAUUCUCCAGGAUGAGCUCCCAGAUCACUUGUGUCGGGUGGGUGAAGCGAGGCGUUGCCAAGGAAAGCCCGGACAAAGUUGAGUUGAGCCAGGAGGAGCUUCAACGCAUUAUUACUGAAGCAAAAGAUGAGUUGGGAGAAUUGGCAGCUGAGGAGGAAGAGGAGGAGGAUGAAGGAAUAACCCCAGACUCAAAUCCCGACACUACCGCUGAUGUUGCUGAGGUUCCAAAGGACGAGAAUGACGAUGGAGAUGAGGAAGAUGAGCUGGCAGAGUACGGCCUGGAUAAAUAUGACGAGGAAGACACAGUGACGGCUAGUCUUGGUGACAGUCUGGCUGGACUCACAGUAUUCAGCUGUAAUGAGGAAGAUCCUUACAUCACCAUCAAAGAUACAGACCACUAUGAGCGAGAAGACUUCCAAAUCAAGUCCAGUGACAAUCUGAUCCUGUCAGGAAAGGCAGAGAAGGACUGUUGUAACUUGGACAUCUAUGUUUAUAACUCCGAAGAGGAUUCUCUGUAUGUUCAUCAUAAUAUUCUACUGCCAGCCUAUCCACUGUGUGUGGAGUGGCUGAACUUUGACCCAACCCCUGGAGAAGGAUCAGCUAACUAUGCUGCUGUGGGCAACAUGACUCCUCGGAUUGAUGUGUGGGACCUUGACGUGGUGGACUGUUUAGAGCCAGUCUUCUCUCUGGGGAGCAAAAAGGCCUCAAAGAAGAAGAAAAAGAACAAGAAGGGAGCAGCGGCAGAGCCUAUGGAUGGUCACACAGAUGCUGUGCUGGAUUUGUCCUGGAACAAACUGGCCAGGAAUGUCUUGGCCAGUGGAUCAGCAGAUGACACUGUUGUCUUGUGGGAUCUGUCUCAAGGCAAACCAGCCACCAUUCUGCGCAGACACACUGAUAAGGUUCAGACGUUGUCAUUCCACCCGUUUGAGGCACAGACACUGAUAUCAGGAUCGUAUGACAAGACAGCUGUUCUCUACGACUGCCGCAGUCCAGACACCAGCUAUCGGACCUGGAGGUUUAGUGGUCAAGUGGAGCGUCUGGUCUGGAACCAUUUCUCACCCUGUAACUUCUUGGCCAGUACAGACGAUGGUUUUGUCUACUGUCUGGACGCUCGCGCAGAUAAGCCUGUUUUCACACUGAGGGCACAUGAUGAAGAAGUUUCAGGUUUGGUCCUUAGCAGCCAGAUUAAAGGAUGCAUGGUCACCUCGUCGUCUGACAAACAUGUUAAAAUCUGGGACAUAUUGGGGAACAAACCCAACCUGGUGCAUUCACGGGAUAUGAAAAUGGGAGUACUGUUCUGUGCAUCCUGUUGCCCUGAUCAACCCUUCGUCUAUGCUUUUGGAGGGCAGAAGGACGGCUUGAGAGUUUGGGAUAUAAGCGAUGUCGCAGCAGUGUCUGAGGUGUUUGGUAGUCGAGAGCGCUUGUUGGUGAACACGGGAUCACAGGCAUCGGGCAGCGCAGCCUCUGCUGAUAUGGACGUCUCCCAGUGACUCUUUGAAUGCAGCAACAUCCUGUAAACUGAGUUUCCAUCAGAAAGUCAUCCAGCUGCUCCUCUUGUAGCUGUAUUUCUCAUCGUGCAGCACUGCUGUUUCACCGGAAAAGGAGAAGACGCACUCGUGCAGCACUUCAAAGUGAAACUUAGAACCUUCAAAAGACUGAAGGUUGUUCAGUUUCCUUUGACAAAUCGCAACAGAGGCUUUGCAUACUGAGAGUGGACAAGAAGUUGAGUCUUUUAUUCAUACAACUGAAUAUUUCCAGCAAUUUACUUUUUAUAAUACAAGUGGAAACCCGCUUUAAAAUGUAUGAAUUACUGUUGCUUUUCUGUUCAAAUUAAAUAUUCUAAGACCAUUUUCUCAUAAAGUAUACAACUGCUUUACCUUCUCAUAUUUCUCAUGUGUUUGUUUGAAAUGAAAUAAACAUAUGUACACAAAAUGA